AUGUGGAUUCUUGAUUCGACUGGUGACUUUCUGGAAGGGAAGCGCGUAUGGCUGCGCCCCGGAAAGAAGUAUCUAUUCGGUCGGUUCCAUAGAGAUGGAGUGCGCCAUGCUGUGAACCACAACUCGAUAUCCCGCAAGCAUAUGACCAUUGAAAUCUCGCCGGUCAACCCGAGAGAUGGAUUAUCACCACGAGCGCGAUCCAAUAUCACAAUAACCGACCUAGAAUCGAAGAAAGGAACAAUUGUCGACGGAACAAAAGUUCAAGGAGAACACACGUUAGAGAAGAGCGAUGAGCACAUCAUCCAGCUGGCCAAAUACCAGCAUGCGCUCCGGAUCAAAUGGGAACCAGUGGUACUGAGCCUAUCGACCUCCUCCAAGGAGGUACGAGGUGAGGAUCCUCUGGCCCAUGUUCGCUCGCGUCUCGAGGAUCUCGAUAUCAAAACUGUGAUGGAUUACAUCGUCGACCAAACCACACACGUGGUACAGCGCAAACGCAAUACCGCCAAGGGUCUUCAAGCCCUCGUAAAUGGGAAAUACAUAGUAAAUGACUCGUAUAUCGAUGCACUCGUCUAUGCGGCUACCCCCAGCGAUCUUGAGAAUAUCGAGUCACUCUCUCCUCUUGAAAUCGACUUCGAAUCAGCAUGGCCCAAUCCAAAUGACCAUCUACCUCCCCCGGGAAAGAACCUACCCAACGUCCUGGCGCUGCCUUCGCUCCAAAUCCGGCACGCCUCAACGUGUUCGAAGGAUAUACGUUUGUUUUCGGGUCCCAUCAACAAUGGCCAAGGAAAGGCGAUUUUCUACGAGGUUGAAGACGGGAUCACAACCGCUGCAGACAUCGUGCGCUUCAUGAAGAAAGCAGCGGGGCGACAAGGCAUGGGCAGCGAGCGGCAGGGCCCUGGUGGUGUUGUUCUGGUUCGUUUCCGGUCAAAAGGCGAGUUUGAGCCAUGGUCGAUUGAAAUCAGCAAUGAAGUUGCCCUGAUGAUGGACCAGCGCGUGAUAGAACAGCGAGAAUUUCUUGAUGCUAUCCUGGGGAACGAUGCAUCACCUCUCUGUCGCGCCUUGCCCACAGAUGAAAAUUCUAGUCAGGUUUCUGCAUCUACACCAGCGACAGAAACUGCGCAAAUGAGCAAACGAGAAGAUCCUGCUGCGUCCGCAUCAGUAUUGGCCGUUGAUUCAGAGCCUAGCCAGCCUUCGAGAGUCCGAGCCAAAACUCCCCGUGUACGUGCCUAUGUCAGCAAAAUGAAGACGUUCGAUGAUGGGUUCGACAUGGAAUCAGUCCCAAUGUAUACACCGGAAGAUGAGGCCAGCGCCAAUAUCGACUCCACUCAGACCCUGAAUAAUGAUACCCAGCCGGUCUCCCAGCCGUCGCAGCCCCUGAGCACAGCGAAGGAAGAGCCCGACGACGAUGCGGUGUCAGACCUGCUCCCUGGCGCCCGUGCAAUGAAGCGCCGUCGUGCAGAGAUGACCCACCGUCACCCACAGAGUAUAGCCAUAGCCCCGGCCUCCGAGUCCCCGAAACGGAAGCGACCCAAACUCGACGUGCUCGAAGCCGCACGCAGGCAUCGGGAAGAUGAAGAGCUUCAACGCAAGGCCGAAGAAGAUUCGCAUCCCGCCGACAUGGGCGAUGUGGAUGUGGAGCAGCUGAAAAAUCUGGUCAUUGUAGAAGAAAUGGAGAUUCCCGUCCGAAAUGCACCAGCGCGCAUGGAUGAAAGCUCGGACCGAUGGGACGAGCGAUGGAAUGGGCGCAAAAACUUCAAGAAAUUCCGACGAAAGGGUGAGCCGCGGAGCCGAGCUCGUGUCCAAACGGUGAUUGUUCCUCUUGAGGAAGUCACACGCAAAGACUAUGGGAUCGGUGAUCACUAUUGGAGCAGCAAUGCCCCCGAGACGAACUCUGGAGUCUCACAUCAAGAUCCUGGCUCCGCGCAGGACACACAGGCUACCCGCGACGAAUGCGAUGAAGUUGCUCCCUCGCGGUCCGAGCUGUCCGCUCCUGCACGUACCUCUCCUGAACCCACUCUAGACUCAACACCGGCUCGGCGCCCGAAGAGGGCUCGCGAGGAGCGUGAUUCAGACAGUGACGACGGCCUUCGUUUCCGCUUCCGGCGCAAGCGGUAG